UUCCUCGUCUUGGUCUCUACCUUAGCUUGAAACCUCAAAUCUUACCAAAUCAGGAGACGUUAUACAACCGGCGGGUGGUGACCCUGAUUGCUUGCCCGGCGGAGUGAUCGAUGAUGCUUCGCAGCAACGCUCCACGCGCUUCCGCAGCAAUCUGUGUUCUCCUGAUUUUCUUCAUCGCCGUUGCCGACUGCGCCGAUCAAUCCUGGGGAAAAUGCAGCAGAACAUGUAUUGACCAGCAGUGUGAUAAUAUUGGAAUCAAAUACGGGAAAUAUUGUGGAUUGGGUCAUACGGGCUGCCCUGGUGAGAAACCAUGCGAUGAUGUCGAUGCUUGUUGUAUGAAGCAUGAUGACUGCGUUGGAAAAUACGGUAUGACUCAUGUGAAAUGCCAUGAGAAAUUCAAGAAUUGUCUGAGAAAAGUACUGAAAUCUGGAAAGGCUGGAUUCUCAAAAGAGUGUCCCUAUAGUAUAGCUGCGCCUACUAUGAUAAGAGGCAUGGAUGUGGCCAUCACACUGAGUCAAAUGGGUCAAACCACCAUUGAUUUGUAACAGAACUUGAACAGCUUCAAUUUGUCCUGAAAAGGCAUCUAAUUGUUGAUCCUAUUGAAAUCUAAUAUCUAUCACUUGCUUUAACAAAUCCUCGGUGCAUUCUAUUUUUUGGGAUUUUUUUUUUAUUUUAAAUGUAGAGAAAGAGACCUGUUGCAUAAGCUUCGUCUGGAGUAGCUGAAAGUGGAUAUUGUUUUCUUCUUUUCUUUUUUUGUUUCUAAUAUAUUAAGAUAUGGUGGACAAUGCGGGACGAAGCAUUUGGGACCGAAUUUUUUUAAUUAUUUAUUUAUUUUGCUUGAUCUCUUGUUUA